UCGCUUCAUCAUUCGUACGACGGAAGGAGGUCUGCGGAUCCUUCUCCAACUGUUCCCGGAUUCGACGCUGGCCCCGCCGACGCUCAGGAAGGACUAAGUCCCCUCGUCCACGACUUUGCCUUCACGCUCGAUAUCGACAAGGGAAAACAAAAGGCCGUGAUGGAGCAGGGAACCGAAAGUCAGACGCGAGGCCCCUCCAAGGACCUGGAAAGAGGUCCCGAUGUGCUCCCACGCUACUCCAAUGCAUCGGCUGGCGAUGCCAUGGGCAUUGGCUCCGCCAUUUCCUCCUCAAACUCAUCCAUCAUGGGAGAGGAAUUGCCGCCAGACAUGGGCGAGGAAUGGGGACCGCAACACCCUUGCUUCCCGCACCUUAACCCUCACGUCCCUGUCGACUCUCCCGAGUAUCGAAACACUCGAAUCAUUCGCGUACGUCGGGACUGGUUGAUAGAAGGAGACCUGGCACCGACCUUCUCCAACCUGUACCCCGAGAUUCUGGACCCGGCAGGCUUGUCAGAACAGGAAUUUCGAAGGAUCAUCGACAAGCUCAACGGCGAGCUCAUUCCCGUCUUCAGCCCGUAUAGUUGGAGAAACAUUUUGGACGGCUUGCUGGGCCUUAUGACGGGCUGGUUAUGGGAUGAUCUGGGCUUCACCGGAGUCAAGGCUCGGCUGGACCGCCUGGAACGUUGGAUCGACCAGUGGAACACUGAGAUGGAGAAGACUUUUGGCAACGAGGACGGCUCGAUGGCGCCGCGCAUCAUCUCCCUAAGGAAAACCGGUUACAUGACAGUAAGUUUGCCAUCCCUCUGCUCAGCUCAAGGUGCUGACCCGGACUGUAGCUGGACAUCCAAAUCCCGGACCCUGAAAUCGCUCCAGCCCCUAGCACGCCUGGGGGCUCGAGAUCCGAAGGCUUGCCAAUGGAGCCGCCGCCCGUUGCUGUGGCAUAAUAUUUGACUGUGAACACGACUUUGUCUUUCGUGGUCUAUCCUUCUUUUCAAAUCCGUAUUUCACCAUACAAUGUUUUUAAUACCGGAUCGGCCGCGGUGUGGGACGAACCGACAUGAAUUUAUACGACCGUAGCCUCUCUACCUUACGAGGCACUCGAUAUCCAUUUAUUCCCCGGGGUUAGUUGGCUUUUCUUAUUCGCCACAACCCCCCACCCUACCACUAGGUACCUUAUACCAAGGCAUGGCGCGGAGUUCAGGAUCCCUCUGGCUGGGACAGUUACGAAUGCGAUUUUCAAUGACUUUAUUGUUGCUUGCUGGUUGCCUUGGCGCU